ACAUUAAAAAGCCAACUUGUGCUAGAAAUAAAGUAAAGUAUCCGUACUAACACAUCGUCAACUAUGCUUGUAAUAUAAUUCAUUAACAUGAUCUUUUCUUUUCUUCUUUUCUCUUUUUCCUACAAAAUUAUAAAAAAUACUACAAAUUGGUAGUACUACUACGGUUUAUAAUAUGCAUUUGGUGCUUUGUUUUUAAGGAAAAACCGAAGAUUGUUUUCGUAGUCUCUCUCUCUCUCAAAGAUCGAAAAUAGAAAGUUCAUAGCCUAACUAAGACGUUUCUCCCAUUCCUUCUCUCUUUCGAUUUUUUNUUUUUUUUUUUUUUGAUUAAUGGAGAUGAUAAGAAGAGGUGGUGGGAUCCCCAACGGAGUCGUUCAAGUACCUAAUCUUGCUGCUAACAAUCUCUUGCACAAGUAUUUCAUCUCUAGCAACUAUCUUUGUCAAACAACAGACUCUGAUGAUCAGAAACAAGAAUCGAACAAGAAAGAAGUUCAAGAAGAGGAGGAGGAGAAAGAUGUUGAGCUCACGUUAGGUCUUUCUCUUAAUGGACAGUUUGGUACGGAUCCGAGAUCGAGGAAGAGGAAGAACUUUGAACUGGGUCGAUCUUCUUCAAUACCCCAAGGUUUCAUUUUCGUCGAUGAGCUAAGAAGAUCCGGCGGCGGAGAUAUGCAGCGUGGUGCUAAAGACAUGUUCCAGCUGGAUCGGACACGUUCUCUGCCUGUCGUAACGGAGAUAGAGACAGAGAGGAAGAGGAUGCGAUCGGAGAAGACGAGGACAGUUAUGGAAUCUCCGGUUCAUCCUCUGACAAAAGAUAAAAACAGAACCGCCGAGACAGAGGAACAGAAGGCGAGGGCAAUCUUGGGAUUCAAGAUUCCUCCGACGAAGGAAAAGGAAGAGAAAGAUCGGUUCGUUGUCCCUGGUUCUGUCAACGAGGGGAAGGGUAAAAAUGCGAGGAAGAAGAAUGUGCAAGUUUCGGGAAUGGAGAAGGCGAGGAACAUUCUAGAAGACAUGCCGUGUGUGUCGACAAGAGAUGUCGGAGCCGACGGGAAACGAGUGGAAGGGUUUCUUUAUUGGUACGGAGGUAACAAGGAGGAAGUCAAGAUAGUCUGUGUUUGCCACGGCAGUUUUCUUUCGCCGGCCGAGUUCGUUAGGCACGGCGGAUGCACCGUGAGCGACGACAACAGUGGUGGUGAUGUUGCCAUAAACCCUCUUAGACAUAUUGUUGUUAAACUUCCUUCUUCUUCUUCCUUGUAGUUCAUUUGCUAGGGUUAAUCCCAAACUAAUUCAGAGACUCGAUUUCAUUCUUUGUUUUUUUGAGUUAAAACAUCAAAGUUGAUAUUGAAGAUGAAUUCAAACAGAUUGUAAAUACAUUUUAUAGACUAAGUUGUAUUUGCAUUGAUCCAUGAAGCA